CAAUUAUCAAUAUUGUAUACAAAUAUAACAAAUGUUUUUCUCAUUAUUCCUUAUUAUAUAAUAAUCAAAUUUACUUCACAUGUUGCAUGCUAUUGCAUCUUGAACAAGUCUCGCCCAUUUCCACCCAUUUAUUAUUAUUCAAAGAAAAAUUCAAACUCAAUAUCAUUCAAAAAACAACCAUUAUAUAUAAAUCCCAAACCAUAUUUUCUUCAGUACAUACAUAUAAAUAUUUAUACACAUUCUCAUUCAUAUUUUCUAAUCUAGCUAGUUCAAUUAUAUAUUCAACUUCCAGAAAAAGUGACAAAACAUUCUCUUCUCUUUUCUUAUUCCUACACAACCAAAAUUGAAACAACAAGAAGAAGAAUAUGAACGAUUUAUUAUCCAGCUCUUUCUCCCGAUUUCGCAGCCAAGAACAAGUCUCGCCGGACAACCACAACCAUGUCAUCGAAAUGUCAUCGCCGACAACUGAACAAGCCGGGGUGCACCUCGACAGAUUUUUUGAGGAAGUUGAGGGUGUUAAAGAGGAGUUAAAGGAGCUAGAUCGUCUCUAUGAGAGCCUUCGAGUCUCUCAUGAGAAGAGCAAGACCCUUCACAGCGCCAAAGCUGUGAAGGAUAUUCGAUCACGUAUGGAUGCUGAUGUGGCUAAUGCUCUCAAGAAUGCUAAGCUUGUUAAGGUUCGGCUCGAGGCGCUUGACCGGUCCAACGAGGCUAGUAGGAGUUUGCCUGGCGCUGGACCAGAUUCGUCUUCGGACCGGACUAGGAGCUCAGUGGUGAGUGGUUUGAGGAAGAAGCUUAAGGACUCUAUGGAUAGCUUUAACAACCUUAGACAACAAAUCUCCUCUGAAUACAAAGAAACUAUACAACGUAGAUACUAUACCGUCACUGGAGAGAAACCUGAUGAUAAAACCGUUGACCUCCUCAUCUCAACUGGUGAAAGUGAAACAUUUUUGCAAAAAGCAAUUCAGCAACAAGGGAAAGCAAACAUCAUUGACACAAUCCAAGAGAUUCAAGAGAGGCAUGACAUAGUGAAAGAGAUGGAAAGAAAUCUAAUGGAGCUCCACCAAGUUUUCAUGGACAUGGCCGUUUUGGUCCAAUCCCAAGGUGAACAAUUGGAUGAUAUCGAAAGCCACGUGGCGCGUGCUAAUUCGUACGUUAGAGGUGGGGUCCAACAGUUGCAUGUUGCUAGGAAGCACCAAAAGAAUACACGAAAGUGGACUUGUAUUGCCAUCAUAUUGCUUCUCAUUAUAAUCUUGAUCAUAGUUUUACCUAUUGUCCUUAAAAAUUGAGACUUUUCAAAUUGGUGGGCUAUGACUUGUUCAAAGCUUUGUAUAUUUUAAUUGGUCUAGUCAAUUCAUGCUGCCUUGACAAUUAUUGUAUUAUUAAAAUACUUUAGUUGUUUAUGGUCGCAUGUGUUGGUCUAUUAUUUCCAUAGUUUGGUACAUGUUUGAAGAUUGAGAGUUGAGAUAUUUUGUUUAGAAGAUUUCUAGAACCUAUGAUGGUCAAUGGUCUUUUGGGGUACCGGUCAACUAUUGCGAGAAAAGAAUCUAGAUCCUUUACAGCUGUAGUAGUAUGAUGCAACUGCUGUAGAGGAUUCAUUUAUGAGGAAAACUCACUCAAGAAUUUUAUCUCAUUUUGGCAUGUGAGGGAGGAGAAAGCUAGAAGGAUAUUCAUGUUGGUUUUCUUUUUUUUUUUUUUUUUGAUAUGCACUUUGUUUUUAAUAUUUAUUUAUUAAAUUAAAUUUAAGUUGUUGUCUGUUGUGGGUGAACUACCUAGCUUAUGUGUUGCAGGAGUUCAAUUGUUUUGGGCGUUUAUACCAUUGUACAAAAGAAUUUAUCCUUAUUAUUAUUCGGUUGCAUUUUUAUUUUA